CAGGUGGCGGUGUUCCAGUGUAAAGACCGCCAAACACCUUUUUAGACGAAAGACGAAGGAAUACGUCACCGUUCAAAACAAUACUGCAAGCUAUGAGUUGUGACUGACGCUAACUUCAGAGAAAAGAUGUCUCAAAACAACCUCAACAAAGACGACCAAACGUCUGCAGCCAAAAAGGGAAUCUCGCUGCCGAUAUCCAGAGUCCGGCUGAUCAUGAAGAGCUCCCCGGACGUGUCGAGCAUCAACCAGGACGCGCUGUUCCUCACCACCAAGGCGACGGAGUUGUUUGUGCAGCAUCUGGCCCAGUCCUCGUUCAACAGCGGCUCCGGGAAGGAAAGCAACUCUCUGUCAUACAGCGACCUGGCUAGGACCGCGGAGGAGACCGACACCUUACAGUUCCUCACAGAUAUCUUGCCUAAGAAGAUCUUGGCCCGAGAUUACCUCAAAUCCUUGGAGGAUAUGCAAGAGGAGGAAGCUGAUUUUUAAAAAGGAAAUUACUUUUCCGUCUGGACAGAUGUUGCCUCUCAUUGACAGCCAGGCGACUGUCACAAAAGACUCUGAAGGUCUCAGUGCUUUUAAACACACAAAGUUAUUGUAGGGCUUGCUGUGAAAAGUCAGAACCGAGAGUUGGUCCAAACGCAGAGUCAAACUAACUACACUGUGUCUUAAACAUUGUAGGUGAUGAAUAAUUGCUGUAAAUAGAAUUUGUAACUCUGGGGCUAUAAAAACCAAAAACAAAAUGGCAUUAGACAAAUAGUACCUCAGUGGGUUCUCUGCAGGAUUGAUAUGCUGUGCAAAAGAAACGAGUCCUGCUGUGACUCUUCUGUUUUUAGUUUGGAUUUUUCCAUUUUGCCUAGACCGUAUGAGGGCGUCUGGUAGCAGUUACUUACUUUUAUAAUUUUUUUUUUCCUUUGCAAGGACCGGAAGAGAAACAUGUUCUCUGAACAGCCUGCGGGCACAAGCGAGACUACUUUGUGUAAAAGUCCAUUACGUGGAAAUCCACUCCUCAGCUGGAGCCCAGAUGUCUCAGCGCCUGAGUUGCUACUGUGUUUAGUACACAUUUCAGUGCAUUGUUUAUCUUAGAAAUGCUGUCAAACAUUGAUGUCCACAACUAAUUUGCUGAUUUUAAUAAUUAUAAGUCAUACUUCUUUGAAGAUAUGAACACAUUUUUCAGAUCUUUAAUACCGUACUUGAAAAUAAUUGCUUUUUUCCCAUGCCUAAAUUCACACCGGUCUUUAAUUUAUUUGAAUAAUUACAAUGUGUACAAUCAAACCUUGAUUUUUGUUUUGGAUUUAUAAUAAAAUAAGGACUUUUGCUUUACUGAAUGCCUUCAUUCCAGCCUGAGAGACACAUUAAAGAGAAAGCUUU